AUGGCGACUCAUCUUAUAGAAGACGAAGAUAAACUAAACGACGCCCAAGUAGGCGCGUUACGACACUCAUCCGAUUCCGACUCGGAAGAGGAGCUCGAGGAUCAGAAUUGGGAUGAGUGGAAAGACGAAGACGACGCCGUGGAGGAACUAGGCUCAAACCCUCAGUUCUCAUGUCUGUUCUGUGACUCUUCAUACGAUUCGUGCAGUUCCCUGUUCCAGCACUGCGUCUCGGCCCAUUUAUUCGAUUUUUAUGCAAUCAAGAAAGCUUAUAACUUGGAUUUUUACAAGUGCUUUAAGCUCAUUAAUUUCGUCAGGUCUCAGGUGGCAAUAAACAAAUGCUGGAGUUGUGGAACGACUUGCAUAUCCAAGGAAGACUUGCAAAAGCACUUACAUGAGUCAGCUAACUUUGAUGGGAGCACUUUCCCGUGGGAUGAUGAUAAAUAUUUCAAGCCUUUUAUGCAAGAUGACUCACUUCUAUACAGUUUUGAUGAGGAUGACGAUGAUGAUGAGGGAGGAGUAAUGCCCCUUGACAGGGAGGAACUAGCAUCGUAUAUGUCUCGGUUUGAGCCUAUUGAUAUGCAUGAUGAGGGUACUUCAGACAUUAGUGCACCUGAGCUUGUGAAUCCUCGUGAAAAUGGGGGAAAGGAUGCUGCUGCAAAGCCUUUGGAAGGUCUAAUAGUUGGUAAUGGCAAUACCACUAAUGGUGGCCUUUUACCCUGUAGAAAUAGGAAAAAUAAGUCAAAUGCAGACCCGUCAAUAAAGAUAGCAGCUGAUGAAAUCAAGAGUAUCAACAAGAAAUAUUUUAGCUCAUAUGGUUCAUUCGGCAUUCACAGAGAGAUGAUCAGUGACAAGGUGAGAACAGAUGCCUACAGACAAGCUAUUUUGGAAAAUCCUUCUCUUCUAAGAAAUGCAGUUGUUAUGGAUGUUGGUUGUGGGACAGGCAUUCUAAGCCUAUUUGCAGCCCAAGCAGGAGCUUCAAGGGUUAUUGCAAUUGAAGCCAGCGAUAAGAUGGCUGCAGUAGCUACUCAGAUUGCAAAAGACAAUGGCUUUCUGCGAAACAGAAUAAUUAGUGAUGGAAGUCGACAAAGUGGUUUUAUUGAAGUGGUUCAAGGCAUGGUUGAAGAACUAAACAAUGCUGACCAAAUCCAACCGCAGAGUGUGGAUGUGUUAUUCAGUGAGUGGAUGGGAUAUUGUCUGCUUUAUGAAUCGAUGCUCACAUCUGUACUCUUUGCACGGGAUAAGUGGUUGAAACCUGGAGGCGCCAUUCUCCCCGACACAGCUACCAUGUUUGUAGCUGGAUUUGGAAGAGGAGCCACCAGUAUCCCAUUCUGGGAGAAUGUGUAUGGUUUUAAUAUGUCUUGUAUCGGUCGGGAGGUUGAUGAGGGUGCUGCUCAGGUUCCUAUUGUUGAUGUGAUAGACAGUUGCAAUAUUAUCACGAGCACUGAAGUUCUUCAGUCCUUUGACCUGGUGACUAUGCAGCCAAAUCAAAUGGAUUUUACAGCCGUAGUCGAACUGGAACCAAAGCCAAAAGAACCAAACGAGGUUACUUGGUGCCAUGGCAUUGUCUUGUGGUUCGAAACUGGAUUUACCGAGAGAUUUUGUCGCGAAAAGCCAGUUGUCUUAUCCACAUCACCUUUUCAUCCGAGCACGCACUGGUCACAGACUAUCCUCACUUUCAGAGAACCCAUUGCAAUGAGUACUGUCGCGAAAAUACAGUCUCGUUUAAGUAUUGUCCGAGCUUCUCAGCACCGUAGCAUAGACAUUUCGAUGGAGCUCACUGGAAUUGGGCCCAGCGGUAAAAAACAUUCGUAUCCGGCACAGAUUUUCAAUCUCAACUGA